AUUUGAAAAAUGGCUACAUUCGUUAUAUCUAAUACAAAUACGGCAGAGCUUAUUCGAGAUCGAGUAAAUAAACUAUCAAUCGUUCUACAUGAAUAUCGCUGGGUCAUUGAUUCAUAUGUAUCGGUAAUGACUUGCCAAUAAUUCUUUAAAAAAAUAAUCUAAUUACCGGUAUUUUACAAAUAUAUAACUAUAUUUUAUAUUAUUAAUAUAUAUUCUUGUUAGUGUAGGGAAUUGAAUCAAACUGAAAUCUCAAAAUUUAUGCAAAUGAUGAUAUACCCUUAAACCUGAUUUGCAUAAUUUAUGCAUGACAUUGAUUUGCAUAAUUUAUGAUUGACAUUGAUUUGCAUAAUUUAUGCAUGACAUUGAUUUGCAUAAUUUAUGCUUGACAUUGAUUAGCAUAGUUUAUGCAUGACAUUUUUUUCACUUAAAUUUAAAUAAAAAUGUAAAUAAGUCUUCCAUGCAGAAAUAUCCAAAGUCCAAAGACUUGAACUUACUCAAUAAUAACUCAUUAUUUUAGUAUUUAUGUGGGAAAAGGUAUUCCACUUACCACACUACUGUUUUAUUAAGUUUUAUUCAUAUUCAUGUCAAAUGAACAAAUGUAGAUCGACAUACAUCAUAUAUGAAAAGAGUUUGAAACUUUUCAUUUCUAAUUGUUAUUAUUGUAUUCCUAAAACUAGCAAUGCAAUGCAAUGCAAUUCAGGGCCUUGCAGAGGCCAAGGCAACUGAAUAGAUCACAUGGGGCUCUGCUUGCAUGGGGGCCCUUAAGGGCUGAAUUUUUUUCUUCUUGUCCAUUGAUAUGCAACUGUGUGUAUCAGUUCUUUUUUUCUUCAAUUUUGUAAGAAAAUUCUGGGUGAGCGUGAAUCAGCUAAAUAUUUCUCAUUCAUGGUUGAUAUGAGCCAUACGGAACAAAUGACAUUUGUCAUACAAUAAAUGUUUUUUGCAACUUAAACUGGAGAGUUUUCCAUAGAGGAGAGAUUUUUGACAUUCGCUGAUUGUUCAACAAAAGCAGUAUGUGAUGUGUCAACAUUGGUCCUUGAUAUUCUUUAAGUGUUGAAAAUUCCAUUUGGGGACUGCUGAAGUCAGGGAUAUGACAAUGGUGGAAACAUGUCUGGAUGGUAUAAAAGAGUUCAAGCAAUUCUGCUGAAGCAAAAGCCGCUGUAUGUCUCUCACCAUAUGGAUGUCACUCAUUGAAAUUAUCUGAAUUGAAUGCAGCUUAAAGCUGUACAUAUGAUAAGACAUGUUUUGGAGUUGUUUAAACUGUGUACACUAUAUGUGCUGAGAUAUACUAAGUAAGAAAAUACUCGCUGGACUGAAAGACUUGAUAGUGUUUGACCUUUUUCUUCAAUAACCUGGCUGGAAUAAUCAAAGCUCUGAGUCAGUCUGAGGGAAGUUUUUCAUCUGAAUCACAGCCCAAAGACAUGUACAGGUGUAAAGGGUGCAAUUAAAUAUAUUACAUCCUUCAUAUGUAUCAUCAUGGCAAAGGUUGGGAUGAAAGUACUAAAAGUGAUUGAGCACUGCAACAGGAUUCUUCAAGCCUGGAAAGGUACUAAUGACACUGAGUUGACAAAUAUGAAUUCAUUGUUAUAUGAACUAAAAUCUGUUCAUGAUGAGUGUCCAAAAUUUCUGGAUGAGGCCAAAUUUUCAGUUGAUUCAUCCAACAAUAUUCCUAAUAAGUGAAGGAAAUAUGUGAUUCCAGUAGGUUCUCUGAACCUGAUGAAGAAGUCAAUCUCAGAAGAAACUUUUUUUUUCACCCAAUUAUUGAUUCUAUUAUAGCUAGACUCACAGCUCACUUCACAGCAGUUAACGUUAAAGAGAUUGCAGCUAUGUUCAGCUUCUUGUGGAAUUAAUCCAUCAUAUCUGAAGCUUAAAUUUCUUUCUUUUCCAGGAAAUAUUCUUCUAUUUCUGAAACUAAUGUGGUGAAAGAAAUCUUGCAUUUGAAACAAAUCCAUCCUGCCUGCUUUGGAGCCAAUCAUCUUUCUGCAAUGAAUUAGCUGAAAAAAAGUUCAGAAUUUAAGCUUUGUGAAUUUUCGGAAAUGUAAUCAUUGCAUUGCAUAUUUCCUGUAACUGUUGCCACAGCAGAUCGAUCAUUUUAUAAGCUCUAAUAUAAAAAAAUUGUAUGAGGUCAACUAUGUUUCAAGAGGAAACCAGUGAUCUGGCCUUAUUGAUUUGAUUCUCUUUUGGCACGGGAACUAAAUUUGUUGAAAUAUCAUUUAUGAAUUUGUGAAAAAUAAGUGCCAAAUGUGUGCCUUUUUAUUGUUUUAAUGUUCAUUUGUCUCAAAUUCACAAAUAGUUUGAUACAGAUAUUUUGAAAUUUGUGAGGGGCCCUAAAUUUGAAAUUUUGAGGGGCCCAAAAUUUGGAUUAUUGAAGGGCCUAAAAUUUUUCUGCAAGGCCCUGAUGCAAUUAACUUACAAAUCCAAGAUAGUGUCACUGAACUGCAGAUAAAUUCAAUGAUGACUACACCACUGGAUAGAGAAGAAUUCUUUUAUUUGCUUUAGUAAGUUUUUAAAGGACAAUUACAUUCUUUAAAAAUUAAUCCUUUUUAAAGUCUAAUUUGAUAACACUUAUUUCUCACUGAUUUUGACAUUGGAUGCCUGAGCCCCCAUAGCCCCUCAGUUUGCACUUCCCUCAAACCCCAUAGCCCCUCAGUUUGCACCGCCCUGAUUGCCAUAGACAAAUCUCCUUUGUUUCAUUUUUUGUUUUAUCUUUUGUUUACAAGGAGACAAACUAUUUACAUUCUUUUAAACUGCAGUAACUGUGGUCUUCUGUGUUGUUUUUUUUUUUCAUACUUAUGCUAUAAUUUUACAGGACUUUUAUACUAAGAAUCACUGGGACCAGCUCCCCAAGUCAUUACAAGAAUAUUUUGAUAAAGUUGACCCACCGGAGCUUACUUGGAUGUUGGUUAUGAAAGAUGCACAAACAAGUUUUUCAGUUGCCCCCCUGUCAUUGUUAUCUUUACACAUUUGCAUACAAUCCUUAGUGCUGAGAAGGGAGGGAGUCAAGAUAGAUUCGCCUGAAACACAGCGUAAUAUUUCAUCUGCACUACUUGAGACACCACACAUUUCAGAAGAGAGUCCAAUCAAUGCUGGAAAGCAUGAAGAGGGGUUCCAGUCCACUAAUUCUACAUCACCAUUGCUUGAAAAUGAAUCCAUUCAAUCCCCCAACUACAAAAAUGGGCAGUGCAUGGACAUGAAACAUAUAUUUCGUAAACAUGUUAAACCUAAGAAGCAGCAUGAAAUCAACCAACUUGGGCAAGUGAGAUUCACAUUGUUUUGUUUCUAUUAGUAAAAGGAAUUCUUUUAAUAUAUGACAGAUUUUUACAAAUAUAAUCCCUUGCAAAAUUCAUUAUACCGUUACCACACAAGAUGGUCAUAGGGUUUCAAAACAUUAUAACAUUAUUUCCAAUUUAUUCAUAUUUAAAUCAAUUGAGAAGUUUACAUAUAUUCACAUAUCCCAGAGAUUAUACACUUUAUGUAUUUAAAAUUUAUUUUUUUUUGGUGAGUAAAUAUUUGCAAGGAAAAGGAUUGUUGGAUUACUAUCUUCAGCAAAACUAUUUUACAGACUGUUUAGUCCAAUCAUUAAUCUUUUAAUUAAAUGAAUGUCAAGCUCCCUCUUAUCUUUAGAAUGAAAGUAGCUCAUUUCAUAUUUUAAAAUCUAGUUGGAUUUUUGAAAAAUCUUUAUCAAAGUAACCAGUGUUGCUGUUUUGUAACUCAACACACAUUUGCAGGCAAUUAACUUGCUAAGCCGCACCUGUGAGUGUAAACAUGUUGUAGAUGUUGGUGCCGGUCUAGGACACUUAUCACGAUUGCUGACUUUUCAACAUGGUUUACAAGUAACUACAGUAGAAGCAGCUGAUGGACAUGCAUCUAAAGCUGAAGCUUAUGACAGGUGCAAAAAUCUAGUUAAAUUCAAUUUUAAAAUUAUUACCACAAUCCUUUUUUCACUCAUUUAAACUUAUCAAACAAAAAGAAAAUAUAUAAUGUGUGAAACGAUUGAUUUUAAUAUUAGUUUAUAAUUUCAAAAGAUACUCUAAUUAUGUUUAAUCCAUUUAUACAUUUAUUUCAGAGAAUUGCACAAAGAUAUUUAUAAAGUUUCCAUCAGGGUAAUUUUUCUUUUUUUCCUUCUUUUGAAUAAUAUAUCAAAAUCAGUUCUUUCUAAUUCUUUCCGUUCAUGCGUGGGCUUCCUUAACUUGGGGGGGGGGGGGGGGGUUUUAAAUUUUUUUUUCCCUGACACAAAUGAAAAUCCUUACUCCUAUUUUUUAAAAAUAAAUUUUAGUGGUAAUGCCUUUAAUUUAUCAUAAAGAAAUCAGUGGUCAUCAUUUUUAUAGAAAUACUAAUCAUAGUUGAAACUUAUAGAAAUAGCAACAAACUAAUCAUCAACAGUUUUGUAAACUUUUUGGAAAUUGAUUUUUUUCCCCAUGAGAACUCUUUCAAAGAGAUUUUAAAAGUUAAAUACUGUAUAAAUUAAUUUUUUUAAUUUUGCGAAGUCAUAACAAAAUUAUUUUUAAUAUAAGAAUGCUUAUUUAUACUAAACAUUUACUGACAUAAUAAUUUUACUUAUAGAACAUUGAGGUACCGUGUACAUGAAAAAUAGUUUAAAAGGAUUUUGAGAUAUGAACCAAACAAGUUUUUUUUAUAUUUGUUUUUAAUAAAUAUAUGUAUUUUUCCUCCAGAAAAAGUCAGAUCCUUUGUUAUCAAGUGAAUUUCUUUGCCAAAAUAUAGUUGAAUCAUUUACAAAUUUAAAUCCAUACCAAACUAUAUCAAGAAAUCAUCAUAAAUCCCAUGUCAGUGAACUUGACACACUGCAGAAGUUAUGUUGUGAACACGCAAGCCAUUCCUCUGUAAUUGGGUCUAUGGAAGACAAAUUAGCAAACAUCAAAAAACAAGAUGAGAAAAACGUCCCUGCUCCUGUGUCUGAGAUAUGUGAGGUUACUGAUUACCAAUGUUGCUUUCAUAAAACCCAUGAAGAUAAUCUAGAGCAGACGUCCCUGCCACAUCAUGUUAAAUGUAAAGUUCAACCAGAUAUUGCUCCUUCCCAGUUCCUGGACAUAGUUCGAGCAAGAGGCGGGGAAACAAGAGGUGGGGAUACAAGAGGUGGGGAAGGUAAGAUCCUUUGUAUGUGAAAUAUACAAGAUUUGUUGAGCCUCUGACAAGAUAAAGUUUCUUCUAUCACCAUUCACCAUAGCCUGGUAGACUAUGUCUGAAUACUUUAAAUUUAAAAUUUAGAAAUUAUUAUUUAUUUUUUCUCUAUUAUAAAAAUGUUUAAAGCUCAAUCCAGAUUGAGAGCCGAAAGUCUAAUGGAAAUAGGGCAACAUUUACCUUUGAAAAUAUCUUCACUACCUACUAUGUUAUGUCUAAAAUUGAGCUAACAAGUAUGAAAUAUGCAUGAAAAAAUAUGUAUUGAAAGAUUGUAUCAUGAUCAAUAACUUUAGACGAGGGCCAUAUUAAUGCCCCCUGGACUUAUUUGGGGAUCACAGCUUAAUACAGAUAGGUGUUAGCUUUGUCUGUUAAUUCAUAAUUAAGACCUCUUGAUCUUAUUCCUCUGAAUUACUUCCAGUAUUUAAAUUAUUAAAUUCUGCCCUACCAACUUAGAUAUGACCUUAAUUUUAAGUGUAUUUUCCCAAGAAUUUAAUUUUAAAUUUAAUUAUCUUAUAUAUAUAUAAAUAUAUAAAUACUUUAUCUCCAGAUAACUGUAAAUUUGUCCUUGCCGGACUGCAUGCCUGUGGAGACCUGACCCCAACACUUCUAAGAGUCUUUGUAGAUUGCCCUGCUGCAAUGGGUUUAGCUUCAGUAGCUUGUUGCUACAUGAAGAUCUCAUCAUCUACAACUGGGUAAUACAGAUACAGACAUGUGUUUUUGCAUUAUUUUAAUCAGUCUGGGGAAAAAAAUAAUACAGACAAAUACAAAAAAUAUUCACUGCCUUGGCCUUGCUAGAUUGAUGUAUAUUUAAUAAUAUUGUUUAAAAAUGUUGAUUGUUGAGAACAUUUUUGUGGAAGAACAAAUGAAUGACAAUAUUAACAUAUUUUCAAAACCCUUUGCAAUUGAAAGUUUUAAGCGGGGACAUAAAGAGUCAAUUCAGUGCAAAAUUUAAGUCAUAUAAAUAUAAAAGUAUGUGCAAAGAAGUUACUCACUUAAAUCUAUUCAUCAAACCAAGUGGUGAGUGAAAUGUUCAUAAAAGCAUUUCAGAACUGAUUUUGUUUUGAUUAAUAAUUUGAGCACUGUGUGGAAAGGUUGUAUCCAAACAUCUACAUUUAAGAUUUUGGUUUCACUCAUUUUUUUAUUUUAAAUUUAUUUUUAGUGACUGUUACCUGAAAAUUAACUUGUACAAUUUUAAUGAUGUUGCAGCUCUACACAGCUGAACAACUUUCCCAUGAGUAAAUUUGUGAGAGAUAUUCCCCAUCACCAUUUGACAUAUGUGUCCCGAGAAUUGGCCUGUCAUUUUGCUGAUGCUUACUAUCCAAGAUUAAAAGGUUUUUUACAUUUCUGUAAAAAUUUAGGAUGUCCUCUUCUCUUCCCUCUUUGCCUUUUCAACUCCCAAGUGAGCAUAAACAUUAAUAAUUUCUUUACAUAAAUUCUGGUCUCUAGCUAUCCUCUCCAACUCUUUCCAGUCUUUGUUACAUCAUUGUUGACAUCUCUUCUCGAGGUUUUUUGGGUUCUUCCUUGUCCGCUUGAUCCUUGAGGGCUCCAUGCCAUCGGGUUUACUUGCUAUAUUUGGCAUGGGUUUUCUUAUGGUAUGACCUAUUCAUCUCCACCUUCUUGUCUAGAUUUUUUUACUCCUCUGGGAUUAGGGCUGUCAUUUCCCUCACUGUUGUGUUUGGGAUUUUGUGGAACCACUUGAAUUUGAGGAUUUUUACUAGGGGGGGCUAUUCACACAGGUUUUCAAUCUUUUCCAAUUUACUUAACUGAUCUCCAGCUUUCUGAGCCAUAUUGAAGGACAGACUUAAAAAUUCUAAUUUUUGUUACUUUCCUUAUUUGCCUAGCCUAGAGUUCCAAAAUACUUUUAAUUAAUGUAAUAGCUCCUCUUACAUUCUGUAUUCUUUUUUGAUAUUAAGGUUAAAAGGUUUGUUACAUUUCUUUUAAUGUUUAGGAUUUACAAAGCUUCCAUUAAUUAUGAAACAAGUUCUUAAAAGUUCUAUUUUUAUACAAAUGUCACUUUCAUUGUUAGUUUUUCAGCUUUGGGUAUUUUGAAUUUAAUCUGUUCAAUCUCCUUCAGCCAAUUCCCUUCAUCUGAAGAUACACUCCUACCGUGCUGCACUUCAGUACUUGCUGAAGGCAAUCAAUCCUGAGUUCAAAAGUGGAGAUGUUAGACUGGUGAGCAAGAGGGGCUCACGCGGAACAUUUACUGAGUGAGGGCAAUAGUUCAUUAAUAAUCAUGAUAUAGGGGCUUACUAAUCUAAUGGAAAUAAAUGUGAAAUUGAUUUGAAUUCUAAGUAUAUCCCACUGCUGUAUUUUGUUAUAAUACCUGUAUGAUUAUACUGAUGAUGUUGUUAUUAUAUUUGUUAAUAACCAAUUUAUAAUCAAGACAUUUCUUAAACUAAAUUUUAAGAGUUUUACAAUAUAGUUCAGUUCAAAUUCUUUGUGAGACAUUAAUUAAAAGACAAACAAAUCAUGCAAAUCAAAUUUCAUGCACAUUGGGGACAAGCAAAGGAGAAAAAUAAUUGUUUGCCCAAAGAAGAAACUACACAGUUUACUUGGACAAGUAUUUCUUUUUAUAUGUUAUUUUGGUCUUUCCUGUGGGCUUCACAAACGAGUUUGAUUAUGAAUUAGGGUCUACAACAACUGAGGGGUCCCAUGACAAACUAAUAUUUCAGACCUAUAGUUUCAUGAAUCAUACAGAUAUAGGAUUGAUUAUUCCACUACAAGCUACUCAGAUAUUUUUUCUUAGACGAAAGUCCAAAGACUAAGACAGGAGUUGACUACUCUUAUUAAUCAAACUGUUCUUAUGAUUUAUUUAAUUUUUAAGUAUCCUUCAGAGUUGUGAAAAGUUGUUUUGGUUUGAUUGGAAAGGAUUUUAUCAUUUAUAUUUUAUAGUUAUGCAUUGGAAAACUUGAAGAAAGUUGGUCUCAUCAGUGAGACUGUGUCCAAAGAACUGAUGGGGGAUUGUGAGCUGCUGUGUCAGAACUGGAAAAGAGUUGUAGCAUACUACACAUUACGCCUGAGCCUGGCUCCUGUUGUUGAGUCCUUCAUACUGUUGGACAGGGCUUUAUUUUUGCAAGAAAAAGGUAUGACAGAAAAUAAGUAGCCCAUUGAAUUUUUAGUUCACAUCCGAUUUUGUAAUCUACAGUUCACACCUAAUUUUGUAAUCUGUAGUUCAAAUCUAAUUUUUUAAUCUAUAGUUCACACAUUAUUUUGUAAUCUACAAUUAUGAAAAAUUAUGUGUAAAAAACAAACUAAUUUUUAUAGAAAUUUUAGCUUUGAAAAAAAGCAAAAAAAUUGUUAAAUCAAUAUAGUUACUGUAAACCAUCAUUCUUAUAAUUUAAAAAAAAAUUAUUUUGCAUUGUUUUGUGUUGAGUAUAUGACUGCAGUAAAUCUAGUUGAAGUUAAUAGUAAUGGAUUUAAAUAAACUGUGUGACAUUCCAUUUCAGGAGUAAACAGCGUUCUGGUACCAAUAUUCGAUUCAAAGAUUUCACCACGCAACUUUGCAUUGCUUGCAGCUAAGUGAUAGAAAAGCUGAUGCGGUUUAAAAUUUUGCUUUGUCUUAAAUUUGUUCGUUCUUAUGAUUUAUGUUUAAAUCGAAUGUGUUUCUAUCUUUGCACCUCAGAAGUUUCUGAAAGCAAAUAUUUUCCUUUAAUCAUGUUGAUUUUUUUAUAAACAGUAAAUAAAUGAAUU